AUGAAAAUAUUAGUGACCGGCUCUUCUGGUUACUUAGGCGCACGACUGUGCCACGCUCUCCUCCGUCGUGGCUACUCCGUACGCGCCUUGGUCCGUCGCACCAGCGAUAUUUCCGACUUGCCUUCACAAAGCGAAGACGAUGGAUUCGAGCUCGCGUACGGCGACGUAACCGAUUACCGUACUUUAACGGAUGCUUGCUUCGGUUGCGAUAUCGUUUUCCAUGCCGCUGCUUUGGUUGAGCCUUGGCUUCCUGAUCCAUCUAAAUUCGUCUCGGUCAACGUCGGUGGGUUGAAGAACGUUUUGGAAGCAGUUAAAGAGACGAAAACGAUCCAGAAGAUUAUCUACACUUCUUCGUUUUUCGCUCUUGGGUCUACCGAUGGAUCUGUUGCUAAUGAGAAUCAAGUUCAUAGUGAGAAGUUUUUCUGCACGGAGUAUGAGAAAUCAAAAGCUGCUGCUGAUAAGAUUGCUUUGAAUGCUGCGUCUGAAGGUGUGCCGAUAAUUUUGCUGUAUCCUGGUGUUAUUUAUGGUCCAGGGAAGCUCACUUCAAGCAAUAUGCUUGCUAAAUUGAUUAUCGAGCGUUUUAAUGGGAGAUUACCUGGAUAUAUUGGAAAUGGGAAUGAUAGAUGCUCUUUCAGCCAUGUUGAUGAUGUUGUGGAGGGACAUAUUGCUGCAAUGGAAAAAGGUAGGCUAGGUGAAAGAUACUUGCUUGCCGGGGAAAAUGCUUCUUUUAAGCUUGUCUUUGACAUGGCUGCACUCAUUACUGGAACCAAAAAACCAAGCUUUAGCAUUCCGUUAUGGGUAAUCGAAGCGUACGGAUGGUUAUCUGUUCUAAUUUCUCGGGUUACAGGAAAGCUUCCAGUCAUCAGUCCUCCAUCAGUGAAUGUGCUUAGACAUCAAUGGUCAUACUCAUGUGACAAGGCUAAGCUGGAAUUGGGUUAUAACCCUCGAAGUCUAAGGGAAGGAUUGGAGGAAAUGCUCACUUGGUUGAAGAGUUUGGGCUUAAUUCAAUACUGA